AGGAGCAGCAGAAGCAGCAGCAGCAGAAAGCGGCAGCCUGAACACACGAGCGAGAAAGCGGCAGCGUCCACAGCCCUACAGCGCAGCAGCCGCGCAGACUGACCGACACGAGCCUCCCGCAGACAUGGAGCUAAAGAAGUCCAUCUCAGACGGAGAGAGCGCGCCGCGGAGCUACGGGGCCGUGCGCAACACGGACUGGAGCAGAGACAAAGGUCAGAUGGACGUGUCCAUGGCUGAAAGCUCCAUGUCUCCAGACGAGAUUGAGAUGGAGAUGGCCCGGAUCCAGCGGCUCAGGGAGGUGCUGGUCAGGCGGGAGUCUGAGCUGCGCUUCAUGAUGGAUGACAUUCAGCUGUGCAAAGACAUCAUGGCUCUGAAGCAGGAGCUGCGCAAGAUUGUGGCAGUGCCAGCUGCUGAAAAUGAAGACGAGGCAGAAAAGGAAAAGAGCAAGAAGCACCAGCAAAAGGAAGAAGAGCUGAUUCAGAAGAUCCAUAAGCUGGUGGAAAAGAGGGACUUCCUGGUGGACGAUGCUGAAGUGGAGAGACUGAGGGAGCAGGAGGAGGACAAGGAGAUGGCGGAGUUCCUCAGACUGAAGCUCAUGCCGCUGGACAAGCUGGCCAGAGUCGCGCAGAGUCCUCCCAAAGUGAAAAAGCCGACCCCAGAGCCUCCCGCGAACAAGCCCUCCAUUACCAAGACUAGUGUAGCCAUCAUAAAAGACUGCUGUGGAGCCACGCAGUGUGCCAUCAUGUAAAUCUCUCUGUUCCUCUUUAAGCUACAGUCAGUAUGUUUCAGGAAAAGAUUUUCUUAUUUGGGGUUAAUCAGGUUGCUGUAGACAUUCUUUCGUAUAGCAGAUUUGGUGCCAUCUUUAAGUUGCCUAACAUUUUAGAAGUGCCAUUAUUCAUCAAUGAAUUGAUUAUUUUUUCCAUGAAAGACCUAUUUUUAUGUAAAAACCUGAUGAACAUUCUAACAUAACGUGUUAUUCAGCCCUGAAAAAUCUACUGAUAGCUUCUUUGUGCAGGCCAGGAAUCUAGACUCAUGUUCUAGAAAUAGCUGUAUUCCAGAAGCUCUGUUGAAUGAUGGAUCUCGAAGUUGGUUGAGAAAUCUUGACAGAGUUUGGAUCUCUUCUGUUUGGCUGUGAGGCCUUUUCUCUUAUCAGAGGUGCCACCUUCUAAUGAAUGCUAAAAGCAAAAGAGCAGUUUUUCUAGUGUCAGAAAUUGCAGCAAAAGUGGGGCGAUUGACUGUAAAAGUUUCAAAAAAGGCACUGAAAUUUAAAAUGUCCUUUAUGAAUCUGGAGAGAACAGAAUAAUUGACAUACUCCAUUUUGGGCUAUGGUAUGGUAGAGAUGGUAAAUGGUUUUAGUACCCCUGCAUAGUGUCCUGUGGAUGAUAUUUUUUAAAAAUCACAUGAUCGUUCAGGGGCACUAAGGUGAAUAACAGUGGUGAAACAUGGAACGCUUUGAUGAAAAGAGCUAGACUCAUUUCUGAAUCUAAUGGACCAUCCGUGGAAAACAGGCCUACAGAACAACACACUGUUACAAACAUACCUCUGAAGAUCAAACCCCUUGGCCAAAAAAAAGUUCAUUAUCUGAACUACUCAAAUCAUCAGCCGGCACUAAAUAGGGAGAGAAACCUGGCCAUAAUCCUUUUGGUCCAAUGUCAUGUCACUUGAUCCACCUCAAAUAAGCUGUCCAUAUCACUUCCGAUAAUGCUGAUUCAAAUCCAGAAUCUGUGGAUAUGAAACAUACAGGCUGGGGCCAGUUUGUGGAGAAGUCUAAACAUAAACUAAUGUCCAUUGAAGAAACACUGCAGAUUGGCGCACUGCAGAGAUCAGUGGUUGUCUAUGUGUUUGGUAAGAUCACUUCAAGCACAAUAUAUUCUGACAAUACAUUAGCUCUAAGCAACCGUUUUAUACCACCUUAUCUCACACAGUGGUUGCGCUGAAGUUAAUAACGGGUAUACACACACAUAUAUGCAUUUAUUUCAUCCCUUUAAGUGAAGAUCUGGAGUUCUGUCAUGUUCUUAUUUGCAGGCCAGAGCUCAGUUAUCUCGGUGUUUCGUUUUCAUGAGGCUACAUAAAGCAUUGCUAAUGUCCCACAGCAAUUAUUUCACUUAAACUGCCAAUUUCCAUCUGUCACUGGUUAUGUUAGAUUAUUUUAGAACAUGUUUGACUAAAAUUGAAUUGGCUUUUGUAUCAGAAUAUUGUAAAAGUCAUUAAGGAACAGCAGAGGUGGGCAAUAUGGCAAAUAUAUGCCAUCACAGUACACAAUAAGCAUUGUGAUUUCAUUUUUCUGCUGUUUGAUGACUUAAAACACCAAAAAAACCUGUUUAAAACAAUACAAUCAAAAACUACAAUGAACAAUGAUUAUUCCACAUUGCACAUACUGCACUGCACUAAAUCUAAUGAAACAUGCAUAAUUACAUAUAAAUUUAUAUAAUCAUAUUGUGACAUUUAUCAUUAUUGUGAUAAAUUUCCAUUCAUCAUAUUGCCCACCCCUGAGGUGCAGUGCAUCAGAAUUUGUAGACAAGACAAAACUCAGGCUUUGGUAGCAUAAAGACAGAAUUUAAAAAUUACUUAUACUUUUCACCAGACAGGAUUUCCCUGCACAAGUUGAAUUAGCUAGUAGCAGAAGACACGUCUAAAGUCAAACAUUUCCUUCUUAAUGUGUAGACAUACUUCUACAAUGUUGAAUCUUAGGUUAAUUCCAGCUCUAACUGUCAGCUAAGUGUCAGCUUUGGGUUUCUCAGUGAUUUUGUGGUUGUACAUGACCAGAGAGAAGCAGUUCUCACAAUGUUUACAUCUUUUCAUGGAUUCCAUUUCAGAUUCUCCAUUACUGCUGUGUAACAUUUGUUCUCAGUUCACAAUCCACCAAGAUACUUUAUCUGUAAAUAAAUGCAGGGUAGAUACCUAAUAAUUUGCAAGCUAGUCGUUCUUUAUGUUGUUGCUGUAAGUAUCUUAACUCAUUCAGUGUCUGUGAGCUUUUUUGGUCCAGAAAGGUAGGACUGCAAAUUUCAGGAAUGAUACAUUUGUUUCUGAGACUUGUAGUCCUACCAAAUGGUCCUUAUGUAGAGUGUGGAUAAAUGCACAAACGCUAAACAUUUUCUGUAAAUAUAUGUUUAAAUAAAAGCAUCUUUCUGGA